AUGAAGGCUCUAAGGUUUAAUCAGGAUGCAACCUGUUGUGUAGUAAGCCCUUCACCUCGUCUGGUGAGUAUCUACAAUUGUGACCCCUUUGGUAAAUGCUUCGAAAUGGAUAGUGGUAGUAGGGACGAUAGUCAAGAUAGUUUAACGCCACCUGGGAAUGAUGCCAAUAUGGAUAAUAACUUUGUCAUAGAGAUGCUUUUUUCCACCAGUCUUGUGGCUAUUGCAGAUAAGAGUCAAGGGUCAGCAAGUGCCAAGAGAUUAAAGAUUGUUAAUACGAAGAGGAAGUCAACAAUUUGUGAGAUUUCAUUCCCACAUCAGAUUGCAGACGUUGUGAUGAAUCGUAAAAGAAUGUGCAUUUUAUUGGAAAGUGAUCAAAUUUUCAUCUACGACAUAUCGUGUAUGAAACUACUAGAGACUAUUGACCUUUGGGAGGAUCAUUUUAAGAAGAAUACGGCGAAUGCUGAAUCAGCAUCGUUAAGAUCAAGAGUUCGUAGAAGUAAUGCUGUGGGAGAUAGGAGAAAAAAACCUAAACUGGCAUUAAGUGGUGAUGAUAGAAGCAUAUUAUGCUUUACAUCGUAUAGUUCACCGAGGAACAAUCCUGAUUCUUUCCUAUUACACGAUGUGGUAGUUUACGACACUUUAAACAUUUCCCCAAUAAAUUAUUUAAAUUCCGUGCAUAAAGGUGAUAUCGUCUGUAUAGCCAUAAGCCAUGAUGGUAAAUUGGUCUCUACGGCAUCUGAAAAGGGUACAAUUAUAAGAGUUUUUAAUACUGGAGCUGAUACAGACUAUGAAGCUGGUAACCUAUUGAUGUAUGAAUUUAGAAGAGGCUCAAGACCAUGUCAUUUAUACCAAUUGACCUUCGAUAGACAUGCAACGAUGUUGGGAUGUGUUGGUGAUACUGAUACAAUACACAUAUUUGAUCUAAAACAUCGUCAAAGUGAAUCAACUAACGGUGAAUUAAAUGAAGAUGAGUUAUUACAGGCUAACGAGGAAAACCACAGAUUAUCUAUGCAAAAUUCGGAGCCUUCUAAACAAAUUGCUCAUUUUAUUUCCAAACGGUUGGGUUCAUCAAUAGCAUCACAAAAUUUACGUCGUAAUUUUGCACAUAUUACCAUCCAUGAUGGUUGGGGUCACUGUCUAGGCUUUCCAGAAGAAUUCCCCAAUCAGAUUUAUAUCGCCAGUGAUGAUGGUAAAUUUAGGGUCUACACACUACCGUCAACUACAGGUGAAUGUGUACUCACAAAGGCAAGUACAUUUGCCUAG